AGUAAAUUAAUUAAAAACAGUUAAUCGAUCCCUUCUUUGUAAGAAAAUUUGUAUAAGCCGUUUUAAAACUUUUGUCUAGAAUGGAGCUCAGAAAUGCUGAAGAGAAGAAUUACAAGUCAAAGUUAAUGAAUUUAGGACUUUAUGAGGAGGGAAUGAAACUGGAAGAGAUGAAACAAGUAAUGCAAGCAUUAGAGGAAUCUGAAUUAGAAUGUGAAACAAUUUUCUUUGAAAACGAUCUGGAACGUGCUCUGAAAGAAAGUGAACUGGACUUUGGCCAGAUGUACUGUGAUGUUCAUUCAUCCACAUUAAUCAAACCCGACAAUAACAGGAAUUGUGAUAUUUUGAGACUAUUACCACAGUGCAGCCCCAACACCCCGACGAAAUAUAACCCAAACUCUGAUGCUUUACCUUUUGACAGUCCUGAAAUAGCGUCCGAAAAAAUGAUUGUAAAAGCCAUAGUGCAUCAUGAACUAAAUUAUAGCCCUCCGCAAGAGAAACAGGAGUUUGGAAAUUCAUUACAGCACAACUUCAAGCUACCGCCCAAAACCUAUAAUCAAAAUAAUAACACUUUGAAAAAGAAGAUGGAGGAAAAUGAAAAUUCAGAUGUCCAUAUUAUUAAGCGCUCGCGAUUGCUUACUUCAUCCCCUAAAAUACAUAGGAAUAGUGUGGAAAUUCAUUCUCAGUGUGACUCUGACGAACUUAGUCAUAUCACCGAUGAUAGUCAUUCUGACCCCUCCUUUUGAGGGAUUGUGUUAUUAGAGGUUGUAAACUGCCAUGUGUGGUCGAAAAAGUUAAAUAUUUAUUGUUACCAUUUGUACAGAAAAUAAAUUCGUUAAUUAAGUUA